CCCUUAAACAAGAGGGACAUCGAUACUUUCAGAAGAUUUUCAGUGUGGGCGGUGAAUGCCUUCUGGCCUUUUGCGUAUGACGAAAACAAUAUCGCUUUUAAAUCUUGCCAUUCGAUAAGAAACAUUUAUCGCGGCUCAUUGGACAUGAUAUAUCGUUAUUACAAUAUAAGGACUCUAUACAAGGACACCAUAGAAUAUGAUAUAGGCUACAUCACCCACCAGAUAAUAUUGCGUUAUCAACUGAUGAUCGAGACUUAUCAUAUUGUGAUAAAGAAAUUUGUCAAAAAACCGGACGAAAGAGCGCUGCCUAUUUCACCAUUUUUCUAUUUGUACACGAACAUGAUCGAACUCGGUCAAGUAAUAGUGAACCUGGCCAAUAUGCUGGCGGAAACGGAAGCCAAGUACAGGGACGUCACCAACCCGCUUUGGGUUGAUCUGACCUCGAGGACUCGCAGAACUACCAGAGAUUAUACGGGAAGUCCUGAAAAUUUGACGACUGUUUUUGGUCAACCUGCAGUCUCUAAGGGGGAAUCUGGCGAGGAAAAUCUGCAAGGCGCGCAAGCUUAUCAGGCCCAACUUAUAGCAGAGCAAAAGAGAAAAAGAAAGGAAUUAAGGAAACAGAGGAAGGACAUGCAAAAGGGUAUCGUUACGCCCACCAAGGGUACCUACCCUUGGAAAAAACCUGGAUUCAAAAAACUAUGGAAAUAUGAUUACGGCUGGUCGAUAGAGAACUGGUGAAAUAUGUUAUAAAAUAAUAAAA